AUGUCGAGCCAAGAGCUGGAAGAAAUCCAGCGCUUGCAGGCAUCGCGCCAAGCUUCGAAACGGGGUCUAGGGUUUGCAAGUCAGCAGGGUGACAAAGACGUGUACGGAUCAGGGGCGUCAAAGUCGUCGUACGUGGACGCUUUGCCGAUGUCGGUCGGGCAGAACGACGGCGAUGACGACGGCGACGAUGCGCCACGGCGUGUGAACCCGCUCGAUGCAUUCUCAGCACCGCAGCAUCUUCUUCAUGAGUUUGCCGACGACUCCUUUGACCCGUUGGCAGAACGUGUAGCGCAGCGCCAAGUGGCUGCGCGUCAGUCGGAGUACCAUAACCGUCGCUUCCAGCGCGAUGCAGGGCCAGAGAGCCGCCGUGAUCCGUUUGCACAGGGCUCUGAGACGGAUGGCCACGAGGAAGAGGGCUACCGCGAAGCGAUGCGGCGUGCCAACAUUGAGCGAGAAGAGCAGCGUGUGCGUCGUGCGAUCGAGGAGAAAGAACGCGCAACGCAGGGUGAAGAGCCUCGUGACGAUGGGGCGCCCUCGAAGGAACGUGAUGUGACGCCACCAGCGCCAGCACGAUCGGAACGCAAGCGGCGCUGGGAUGUGGCGCCGGACGAUGUGGCGACCACGGCGGCAACGACCACGACGGACGACGACGCGGGGAGUGUGGCAAAACGUCGGCGUUCGCGUUGGGACGAGGUGCCUGCGGAUGCGGAAGCCGGUGAUGCUCCCAAGCGUUCACGAUGGGACGAGGCGCCUGCGACUGACACGGCCAAGACGGUGGCUCCUCGUAAUCCUCGUGUACGAUACAUGUCCGAUGCAGAGUUGGAUGCGUUGCUACCCAGUGAAGGCUACGUGAUUGUAGAGCCGCCACCAGACUAUGCGCCUGUGCGCGCUGGCGCUCACAAGCUCAUGGAUGACGCGCAGGCUGAGAGUGGGUUUACUAUGCCUGAAUCCUCAAUGCUCGGUGCGAUGGCGGACGAUAUUGUGGCGGAUCUGCCGACAGAUGUGCCGGGCGUGGGUCAGUUGGCGUUUAUGAAGCCGGAGGACCAGAAAUACUUUGAAAAAGUCCUGCAGGAGGACGAUGAAGAGGAGCGCUUGUCUCGUGCCGAGGCCAAAGAGCGUGAGAUUAUGCGGCUCUUGCUCAAGAUCAAGAAUGGUACGCCGCAGCUGCGGAAGCAAGCGCUGCGUCAGAUUGCCGAUCAAGCGCGCUCGUUUGGGCCUGGGCCUCUGUUUGACAAGAUUUUGCCGUUGCUCAUGGAACGUACGUUGGAAGACCAGGAACGGCAUUUGCUCGUCAAGGUGAUUGAUCGUGUGCUGUACAAGCUGGACGAGUUGGUGCGGCCGUAUGUGCACCGCAUUCUAGUGGUCAUUGAGCCACUGUUGAUCGAUGAAGACUACUAUGUGCGUAUUGAGGGCCGCGAGAUCAUCAGCAACCUGGCCAAGGCGGCUGGACUGGCGCAUAUGAUCAGUACGAUGCGCCCUGAUAUUGACCAUGCGGAUGAGUAUGUGCGCAACACGACAGCACGUGCGCUGGCCGUCGUCGCUUCGGCGCUGGGCAUUCCAGCGAUUCUGCCGUUCUUGCGGGCCGUCUGCCGCUCGAAGAAGAGCUGGCAGGCGCGGCAUACGGCUGUGCGUGUCGUGCAGCAGAUUGCGAUUUUGAUGGGCUGUGCUGUGCUCCCGCAUUUGCGCAGCUUGGUCGACUGCAUUGAGAAAGGCCUCGAAGACGAGCAGCAGAAGGUCAAGACCAUGACGGCGCUGGCCUUGUCGGCCCUCGCCGAAGCUUCGGCGCCGUACGGUAUUGAGAGCUUCGAGAAUGUGCUCAAGCCGCUGUGGCUCGGGAUUCGGCACCACCGUGGGCGUGGGCUGGCUGCAUUCUUGAAAGCGAUAGGGUUCAUUAUCCCCCUUAUGGACUCGGACUCUACGCUGUACUUUGUCAAGGAAGUCACGCCGACGCUGAUUCGUGAGUUUGCCAGUGCUGACGAUGAUAUGCGGCGCAUUGUGCUCAAAGUCGUGAAGCAGUGUGCGGCGACCGAUGGCGUGACAGGCUCGUUCCUCAAGGCCGAGAUGCUACCGGAAUACUUUAAGCAUUUCUGGGUGCGCCGCAUGGCCCUGGAUCGACGCAACUUCCGCGAGGUCGUGGAGACGACGCGGGCGUUGGCGGACAAGGUCGGCGUGAGCGAGAUUGUGGGCCGCCUUGUGCAUAUGCUCAAGGACGAGAGUGAGCCGUUCCGUAAGAUGGCGAUGGAUACGAUUCAGCGCGUCGUUGCUGCGCUAGGCACUGCCGACAUUGAUGAUCGGCUGGAAUUGCAGCUGGUCGAUGGUAUGAUCUAUGCAUUCCAGGAACAGUCCGUGGAAGACCACAUCAUGCUGGACGGCGUGGGUACCAUUGCCAAUGCGCUGGGCAUGCGGAUCAAGCCGUACUUGAUGCAGAUUGUAUCGACGAUUUUGUGGCGUCUAAACAACAAGAAUGCAAGCACUCGUCAACAAGCUGCCGACCUCACGACGAAGCUCGCUGUGGUGAUCAAGCAGUGUGGCGAGGACGCGCUCCUGUCGAAUUUGGGUGUGGUGCUUUUUGAGCAGCUCGGUGAAGAGUUUCCUGAGGCGCUGGCGAGCAUUAUUGCCGCUGAAGGCGCGAUUGCGAAUGUCGUGGGUAUGACGCAGAUGAACCCGCCUGUGAAGGACUUGCUGCCACGCAUGACACCGAUUCUGCGCAACCGACAUGAGCGCGUGCAAGAAGCGACGAUCAAUCUGAUUGGCCGUAUUGCCGAUCGCGGCGCCGAGUUUGUGAGUGCGCGUGAGUGGAUGCGUAUCUGCUUUGAGCUGCUCGACCUGCUGAAGGCGCAUAAGAAGGCGGUGCGGCGUGCGGCGGUGAACAGUUUUGGGUACAUUGCCAAGGCGAUUGGCCCGCAGGAUGUGCUGCAAGUACUGCUUACGAAUCUGCGUGUGCAGGAGCGUCAGAGUCGUAUCUGCUCGACGGUAGCGAUUGCGAUUGUGGCCGAGACGUGUGGCCCCUUUACGUGCUUGCCGGCGAUCCUCAAUGAGUACCGUACGCCAGACUUGAACGUGAAGCAUGGCUGUCUGAAGGCCUUGAGCUGGGUGUUUGAGUACAUUGGCGAAAUGAGCAAGGAUUACGUGUACAGUGUGAUCACGCUGCUGGAUGACGCGUUUACCGAUCGCGACGUCGUGCAUCGGCAGACGGCGGCCAGCAUUGUGAAGCACUUAGCGCUGGGCACGGCAGGUCUGGGCAAGGAGGACAGUAUGCAGCACUUGCUCAACCUGGUGUGGCCCAACAUCUUUGAGACGUCGCCACAUGUGAUUAACGCAGUGAUGGAGGCGAUCGAGGCGUUGCGUGUCUCGUUGGGCCCUGGCGUGAUUCUGUACCAUACCCUGCAGGGCCUGUUCCACCCCGCCCGCAAAGUUCGCGAGGCGUAUGUGCGUACGUACAACACCAACUAUGUGGGCGCCCAGGACGCCCUGGUUGCAUUUUAUCCAUCGCUCACAGAGACGCAAGACGAACGGAACGACUACACACGUCAUGAUCUAGGCAUGUUUUUGUAG